UUCUGGAUGUUGUGGAUCUAAGUCUGCUCACAAUUGAGUUUUUAUUUCAGUAAAGGCCAGAUUAGAAAAAACACAAUGGCCAGUUAUUUUGCACGUCUGAAAAAUGUAAUCAUGCGCAAGCGCAACUCAGCUGACAUUGAGCCACCUCAAGAGACAGAAGAGGUCGAUUAUGGAAAAGACCAAAUGAGAAAAAUGUCUUUUUACAAUCCACUAGACCCUGUGCCAAAGCUUGAAUUCUAUGCCAAAGACACAUGGACGGGACGUAUGAAGAGUGCCAGACCAUCUUUAGAUGUUUUGCGCAAACCACAAGGUGAAGAAGAUCUUCCUCCUCCACCAGAAGAUGAGAGACCUAAAGUCAAGCUUGUUCGCUUUGGAUGGGUUCUGGGAGUUUGGAUUCGCUGUAUGUUGAACAUCUGGGGAGUCAUUAUGUUCCUUCGACUUCCAUGGAUCACAUCUCAAGCUGGAAUUAUUCUUACCUAUGUCAUAAUCUUCAUGUCUGUUACCAUCACAACAAUCACGGCAACAUCAGUGUCAGCAAUCUCCACCAAUGGGAAGGUUUACUCUGGUGGCACAUACUUUAUGAUCUCUCGAAGUCUGGGUCCUGAGCUGGGAGCACCUAUUGGUUUGCUCUUCGCAUUUGCCAAUGCCCUCGCCUGCGCGCUUCACACAGUGGGAUUUUCAGAGACUGUCAGAGAUGUUCUGAAAUCAAACAAUGCACAGAUGGUGGACCCUAUAAAUGAUGUCCGAAUUAUAGGGUCAAUUACUGUUGUUAUUCUCCUCUGCAUCACAUUUGCUGGCAUGGCCUGGGAGGCUAAGGCUCAGAUUCUGUUCUUCAUUGCGAUAGUAGUCUCCUUGGCCAGUUAUUUCGUGGGGACAGUUCUUCCAACCUCCACAGAAAAGGAGUCUCUGGGAUUCUUUGGCUACCGUUCUGAGGUCUUUGUCUCGAAUCUACUGCCUUCAUACCGAGGCCCGAAUGGGUACUUCUUCAAGUUAUUUGCCAUUUUCUUUCCUGCUGCCACAGGAAUUCUGUCUGGUGUCAACAUCUGUGGGGAUCUCAAGGAUCCAACAGGUGGAAUUCCAAAAGGGACACUGCUGGCCAUACUCUGUACCACUUUGAGCUAUUUGUUAAUCUCAGUGACAUGUGGUGCAACUGUUGUAAGGGACGCUUCUGGCAUUAUAAAUGAUAGUUUAUCACUCAACUCUUCAGUCCAAUGCAGCGGUCUGGGCUGUAAACUAGGCUGGAAUUUUGACAAUUGUGAAAAGAACCAAACCUGUACCUAUGGACUUGCAAACAAUUUUCAGAUACUUACCAUGGUUUCAGCAAAUGGAUAUUUAAUCAUAAUUGGAAUAUUUGCUGCCACUUUGUCAUCAGCUUUGGGGUUUUUGGUGUCUGCCCCCAAAAUAUUUCAGUGUUUGUGUAAAGACAACAUCUACCCCUACAUUGGAUUCUUUGCGAAAGGUUAUGGGAAUAACAACGAGCCUCUGCGUGCCUAUACGCUUGCGUUUUGUAUUGCUUUAGGUAUCAUCAACAUUGGUGAUCUGAACACCAUCGCUCCUCUGAUCUCAAACUUCUUUCUCUGCUCUUACGGUCUCAUUAACUUCAGCUGCUUCCAUGCAACCAUCACCCAAUCGCCUGGCUGGAGGCCAUUAUACCGUCACUACAAUGCUUGGACUUCUCUGUUUGGCUCUAUAUUGUCUUUUGUCCUCAUGUUUUUGUUUACGUGGUGGGCCGCUCUUGUCACUUCCACUGUUGUCUUCUGCCUCAUAGGCUAUGUGUCGUAUAAAAAACCCCAUGUGAACUGGGGUUCCUCUUACCAGUCAGGUAUCUACAACAUGGCUUUGUCCUUCUCUGUGUCCCUGUCAAAUGUUGAAGAUCACGUCAAAAAUUUCAGGCCUCAGUGUCUUGUUCUGACGGGUCCUCCAAGUGUGCGCCCCGCUCUGGUAGACUUUGUGGGCACGUUCACCAAAAACAUCAGCCUGAUGAUCUGUGGAAACAUUGUCUUGGAAGAUGAAAAGUCUACAUUGCCCCAACACAGUACAGAAAUGGUGGUUGACUGGCUAAAUCAAAGGAAAGUUCGUGCUUUCUACACAACCUUUACUGCUGACAGACUGAAUGAAGGGGCACAUCAUCUCAUGCAGGCAUCAGGUCUUGGUAAAAUGAAGCCAAAUACCCUUGUUUUGGGAUUUAAGUCAAACUGGCUGGAAUGUAAACCUCAGAAAUUACAAGACUACGUCAGCACAGUGUACACUGCAUUUGACAGCAGCUAUGGCAUUGCUAUUCUAAGAAUGAUGGAUGGAAUAGAUGUGACUGAUGAUUUGAAGAGUGCAGCAGGUGGACCUCGCUCGAAUGUAAAUCCAGCAUUUGACCCAGAAGAAGUUAUGCAAUCAGAAAAGGAUGACAAUGACCAAAAUUCAGAUUGUUCUGAUGAUCUUACUGAUGUGCAAGUUAGGACAAUUUUUCAGACAAAACAGGGAAGGAAGACCAUAGAUGUCUAUUGGAUUGCUGAUGAUGGAGGUCUGACUCUUUUAAUACCGUAUUUGAUAACCAGAAGAAACCGCUGGAAAAAGACCAAAAUCAGAGUGUUCCUUAUAGGAGAUCAGGAGACAAUGGGGGAAUACCGUAAAGACAUGAAAACGCUUUUGAAAAAAUUCCGUCUGGAAAUUCAGGACGUCAUUGUGAUAACAGAUGUGGACAAAGAGCCACUUGCUAAAAAUGUGCAGCGGUAUGAGGAGAACAUGUCCCAGUUCAGGCUGAAUGAAGAACAGGCAGCAGGGGACAUCCAGGAACUCAAGAGACUUAGUCCAUGGAAAGUUUCAAACAAAGACCUUGAGUUCAUGAAACCCAAGGUGGAGAGAUCUGUGCGACUAAAUGAAAUCAUUAAGAGGAACUCAAUACAUGCCGCUCUGGUUGUAAUUUCUCUUCCGGUCCCUGAAGUUAAUUGCCCUAGUUCCCUCUAUAUGGCGUGGAUGGAAGCGUUAAGCUAUGGCAUCCACUGUCCUGUCCUGCUCAUUCGAGGAAAUCAAGAAAACGUCAUGACCUUCUACUGCCAGUAAAACAUACACACAAAUACACUGCAUUAAAAAAUUGCUCUCAGUUUUAAAUAACAGUGUAGACCACACAAUGUAUGAUUACUAUCCACAAGUAUGAACAAAAGGAUUACCAAUUCACAAGUUCAACAACAGUAUGACUAAAUUCAUAUUGUUUGUAGUAUAUUAGUAGUCUAAAUAGAUGUAAUCUACAUUAUCUUUCAAAAGUUCAAGGUCACCUAUUCACUCAAUAUUUUUUAACAGUUUAAAAUAGUAGGGUCUUGACAUUAACACCAGCCAACCUGGUGGAUUUUAUCAGUGAUGUGUAAACACAGUUUUAAUGAAGUUAAAAUGACCAUAUACUGUAUAUUUACAUAUUUCCUGUAUAGUCUGUUUGUAUCUUCUCUAAUAAAAAAACACAUAUAACAACAAAGUACAUAUAUAUGUACAAAACCCCCACAAUAUUCAGAACAAAAUGGCUUCUUGAGGCAAAAGUCAGUAUCUUGUCACUUAUUUUAUUUUUAAUAGUACAUACAAAGUUUGCUGUAUUUUUCGUAUUGUAAUAAAGAUGCUGGCAAAUAAUUAUAUAUUGUCACUGUACCUAAAAACAACUAAUCUAACGGUGGCAUUAUCAGUCCAUUCCCUUGCGUGCUAGUGUCCAACGUCACAUAACACUGUAUCCAAUAUACCUCUGUGGAGAAGUGAACAAAAUGAGCAUGAAACAACAUUCAUUUAAACAGUCCUUUGUUCUUCUGGAGGUCAGGAUCCAAAUGUAUUAAAUGUGUUUUAGAGAUUUUAAUAAUUUGAUAUCCAUUAAAAACUGUUAAGUAUGAGGUCUCAAACCAUUGCGUUUUUUCAUGUCUGUUUUAAUAUCACUGAUCCACAUAUUAAUUUCUUUUGCACUUUGGUUUUGCUCUCUACAAUAUUGUAUUUUAUGAAUACAAUGAAAAUGUUUCAGACUGUUAUUUUUUAAUUAUUACAUGUAUUACAUGCUGCUCCAUUUUUUUUAUAAGCCAUAUGUUUUCAUGAAAAUAAGGCUCAACACACAACCUCAGCAAAGCUAAAUAGUUGAUGACUUAUAGUGUUUUGCAAUUUAAUGUAGCCUUGAUUCGGGUGUGAACCAUGUUCAUUUACAUUUAAAACGUUCUAGCUCAAGUAAAUUUUAGCUAACCAUCGUCAGCUUUAAUCAUAUUAAACAUAAUUACCUAGCAACAAAAUUGUGGUCAUUAAAAAUGCUGAAUGGCUUGUAAUAUUGGAAAACCACUAGCCACAGUGGCUGGUCAAGUAAACUUAUUAAAACUAUAGAAUGACACAAACGGAACUACAGGAAUUAUGUUGUAAAAAAUCUAAAUCAAAACUUGUUAUAUUUUUGUUUUGUCAAAGUAAUAAUCCUUUGUUUAAAAUUUGAAUUAAAAAAAAUGUAUGACACUUUAUCAGCCAGUAUCUUGUGUCUCACCAUGAAAUGCUUUCAGUACUGGAGGUGUUCCCAUCUAUUCUAGGAUCUUAUUGGCUGGGCUCUUAAAGUAAUCUAUUUCAGUUUUAUUAAAUAAAAGUUUUAUUUUGCAAUGAAAUACACAAACAAUUUAAGCAUAUACAAAAGGUUUGUAAGUUCAAGAGAAACAUUUCACAAACAUAUAUAUAUAUAUAUACACACACACACAUAUAUAUAUAUAUAUAUAUAUAUAUAUAUAUAUAUAGCUUGAUAAAGUUAUGUUCAUUUACCAGUUAAGGUAAAUAGCAGAUCUGGCUUAGUUGUUCAAACACCAUUCGAACAGGGUAUAUAGUCCCCCACAGACCAUGUGAUUAUUGGAAGGUACAUAAUAUAAAAUAUAUUGCAAACUCUGGUGGAGGAAUACUCCUUAAUUUCGGGAUUCUGAUUUCAGGGUAGAAUUUACUUGCUGUUCUGCACGUUUUCAUGCAAAUUAUAUGAAAUGUUUAUAUUUAUUUAACUCUUUUUUACCUUGAUUUUAUUAAUCAAAAAUACAUUAUUUAGAAAAUGUUACAAUUUUACUGCAUAUUAAUACUGUUAUGUUUAUGAAUUACAAAUGUGUUGUUGAUCUGUUUUCAAAGUGAAAAUUACAGUUGAAUGCAAUUAAUAAUGUCAAUUUUUAUUAAUUGUUAACAUAAAAACCAAGCAUAACAAAGAAGAAUGUAAAAUGAGUGAUCAUAACAUACUGUAGAAUGUAAUCAUUUUCAAAUAAAC